AUGUUCGCUAUUCCGGCUAGCGUCAGCCUUUCCUCCCGCCCUUCUCCCGCUCCCCCGCUCCCCCUUGUCCCCUCUUCCCCCCUUCCUCCUCCCCCUUCCCUUCCCCUUCCCUCCCCCUUCUCUCCCCCUCCCCGCUUCCACUUCCUCUCCCCCCUUCUGUUCGGCCGUCCAGACGACGCCUUGGCGACUCUUACAGCCUUAAAGGACGCGUCAUUUCGUACGGCCUGUGGCGAGUGGUGCUGCGUGGGCCUGCAGAACCCGCCGUAUCAGGCAGUGCUGCUGAGGGGCAGCGCUGAGGGCAGCGGUGUGGAUGGUGACAUGGCAUGGCAACAGAGGGAAGAGCAGAGGGAAGAGCAGAGGGCAGAGCAGAGGGAAGAGCAGAGGGCAGAGCAGAGGGCAGAGCAGAGGGCAGAGCAGAGGGCAGAGCAGGUUAGAGGGGGGCUUGCAUACAACUGCGCAGCAGAAGGCGUGGGAGUGGGCAUGCGAGGAGGCAUGGAGAGCAGGACAAGUUGCCCUCAUGCUGCUGGGGCCUGUCACCAACCUUGCCCAGGCAAUCCCCUCAUCUUCCACCUUGCCAUUGUAAAAUCACUCCCUUGUCCUGUGCCCAUGCCGUGCCAACAUAUGAGGCUUGCAUGA